CAAAAAAAAAAAAAUAAUAAAGUAAAAGGAGUGAGACUGCGGAGGACUCUAGCCUCAUAUUCACAUAUUCGCAUUGGCAUUCGCAUGCCGAAGCUUGAAGCGACACGAGUCAUAGCCAAGUCGGCAGUCGGCAGUUGGCAGCCAACAAAACAAUCGGAAUCAUCGGGCAGAGCUUCAGUCUUCAGUCGAGCAACGUAACUCGAACGCAACGCAACGCAACGGACGGCGGUGCCGCGCAGCAGUACCACGAAAAGACUAGCAAACUAACAAUAAAAACAAUAACAACAAAUUGAAGGAGAGAGCGAGAGACAAGCGUGAAAUACGUCAAAAGCAGCAGCAACAAUUCAUAACAAUUCGUAACACAGCAGGCGACACAUACUCCGGCAUCGACGCGACGGCAACAAAAACAACAACAACAAAACGUGGCUCGUGCACGAGCGAGAACGCUUAUGUAAAGUGUAAUAUGGAAGCAUGUCUUCCACAUCCAGCUCCGUGCUAACGCUGUCAUCGUUCAAUUUAUUAUUUUUCACCCAAGUGCUAACGGUGCUUAGUAUCACCAUCAAGUACAACGAAUACGCAACGGAUAAAGGCGGCAAUUUCAGCAUACCCUGCAUUGCACAGGGCAAUAUUAUGUGGGUGAAGGAGCACGGCAACAAUAACACCAUUAUACAGACGGGUCGAGUGCUGGUGCUGCGCAAUGUGAGUACCUCGGACAGCGGCAUUUAUGUUUGUUUUGCGACGCUGCCAGUGACAACGAGGCGGACAACAACAACAACAACAACAGCCACAACAACAAGUGCAACUGUGACCACAGCAAUAGCAGCAACAUCGAGGACGAUAACAACGGCGACGACGACGACGACGACGCAGGCAGCAACAAUCCCAGCGACAGCAGCAACUACCUCACCGCAGCAGCAGGAGAAUGAAGAUAAGCAGGAAGAGCACAAGCAAAACGUGAAGAUUGCUGAUGAUGAUGAGAAAGGCCAUGACAAUGAGCAGGUCAAGCAGGUAGAGCAGGUGGAGAAGGAGGAGAAGGAGGAGGAGGAAGAGGAGCUGGAGUAUCAGGCUUUUCAGCGCAUCAGGCUAACGGUGCGCACCACUCCGGGCCCCGUGACACAGCUGUACUUCAAGGCCUCGACAAUACUGGGCUUUCUCAUUUGGCGCUUCAAUAAGACGCAAUCGGGCGGCUAUCCUGUGCGCAGUUUCACAGCCGAAUAUCGCAAUGUCUCGUACCGUGUGCCACCGGCAAAUGUUAGCUACGAACAUGAAUGGAGUCGCAUGGAUCCCAUUAACAUAGCACCCAAUGUGCGUCAAAUGGAAGUCUAUCGCCUGGCACCGAAUACCACCUACGAGUUUCGAAUAUGGGCCAACAAUGAGCUGGGCAGCGGCGAGGUGGUCACCACCAAUGUGACAACAUUGCCGGAGACCAAGGAAGAGGAUCUCAUACGCCUUAUUAAACCCGACUUAGAUAAUUUCGAUCCUCGCAUUUGGAUAGUCGCCGUCAGCAUAGUGCUGGGAACACUUGUGAUAUUAGCCAUCGGACUCUGUAUUGUGCUCUCUAAGGAGUGCUAUCAAUCAACGCAAAUGGAACUUCAAGAUGGUUGGGACAGCAUUGAGCUUAUACCGAAUAUAAUACUUAAUCCCGGUUUCAGUGAAUCUGACGGAGCUAAGAGCGCGCCGCCGUUCACGCGCACCGUUAUCUUUGGCCACAACGGACGAGCGUACGAUGAUGAUGAUGAUGACGAUGAGGAUUACGAGGAGGAACAGGAGCCGACUAUGGAGAAAUUCAAGCGCAAAGUAUCGGUAUUCUUUACAGGUCCCACCAUUAAACGUAUUUGAAAGUACAAAAUGCAAUUCUAUGGCGUUGCUUUCGACUUCACAGAUUCAUUUAGGUUGUUGAUUGUGCUACGGUUCGGAGUUCGGAGUUCGCAAUUCAUAUAUACAACACACACAUAUAGUAUACAUUCAUUUGUGUCUGUAGAGCUUAUCAAAAAUAAUAGAUUUCGGUUCGGUUUCAGUUGCCAGAACACAGGAUUGAUUGAUUAGUACUUACUGCAAAACGCUAUUAAGGGUUCGCUUUGCUUUACGACAGACAUAAACAAAUAAAACCAAAAAGAAAAUCUGAAUAAGAAGGGAGAAAUGCAUUCUAAAUCAUUACGAAUAAGUUCCGACUAACAAAAGUGAGCUUCAUGAAGAACUGAAACCUUAAAAACUAUGAAUCGUUAAACUAAUCUAAACUAAUCCAGUUAAUUUGGUCUCUCAGCUCGCUACAACUUGAAUUAUUUACAGAAAAUGUUGAAAAUGUUGUGCUCAUAUUAGAUUGGCCAGGUUGCAGACAGACAUUACUCUUAUAAACACAUUGUGUAUUUUACAUGAUAUAAACAUAAACAUAAAUAAUAAUAAUAAUAAAAUGACAAAAAUAUUGCUGUGAUACAAAUUCAAUUGAAAUGGACAUUGUAAGGAUUUAUAAAUACGAGUACUCGUAAAUAGCAAAAUCAAAUUGAAAGACACAAUCCCAAAUUAUGUACGAACAACUAACUAAUUUAGUUACAAGUAACAAGAUAAUAUAUUAUUCGAAUUGAAACAUCAAACUCACAUAUAUUACAUCACAGAUUUGCUGAAAUUCGAUUAUUUAAAUAGUUCUAGCCAAAUGAAAUAGUUUUGAAAAUGCUGGUAAUAAUUUUCUUGUUUCGUUUAGCUUUAAAUUUAGAAAAAAGAAAAAAAAAAAACAGAUGAAAACACAACUGUGAAAGAAUUUUAUAAUUAUGCAAAUAUUUUGCACAGUAACGCGCACCAAAAAAAAAAAAAAAAAAUAAAGAUUAUAUAGUAUACAUAUAUGAAAUGA